AUGGCUUCCACCUUCCCCAUGCCUUCCACAGAUUACGGCGUCAUGCUCCAAGAUGCCUCCAAUUACCCGUCAAGAUCUCAAUUCCUCCGCCGCCUAUCGACGCACUCGAGCAGCACGUCAGGCAGCAACAAAAGGGCACCAGCAAGAAUCACAAAGCAGAGCAGUGCGGGGAACAGUCCACACAAUGUGCAGCGUCGGAGGACAACGGCAAACACAGCAAGGACGUAUCCACCGCUCUCGCAAAGUAGCCCCUAUCAGACACAGGAGCAAAGUUUGAGGAACUACUACAGCUCUCGACAGGCAAUGCCAGUGGAGAGGCCCAUGAGCUGGCACCCGGGGUCAGAGAUGAUCAGUACGCCAGCCACACAAGUCCACCUCGGUGAGCCAGGUCUUGGGAAUACCAUCGCAGGGCUGCAGAACCUGGCAGUCUGUGGGCGACCAGCUUCCUCCGUUCAGCAGUCAAUUGAGAAUGCUUUCGCUGUGGGCUACGGCAUUCCCAUCAGCAGGCCUCUCACGAUGGACGAGCAUUCACCUACCGGAAUUGAAGAUUAUGCAUCGGCGCCCGACUCCGUUUACAGACCGGAGUCAUUGUACCACUCGGAGUCGAUAUACAAUCCUUACUCGUACGAUGCGUUCCAGCAACUUCAACAUUCUUACAUGCCUCAGUCAUCAAACCAGGAUACGUAUCCUCCUGCCAAUUAUCAAAUACCGCAGUGGCCUGAAGCUCAACCAUUCUUUGCCCACGAUUUCCAAGAUUCGCAAACCUCGGCAGACCUCUGUCAAUGGUCCUCAAAUCCUGGACAGAGUCUCAACAUCAAAGCCGCGCCUCAGGUGUCGAAGAGAGCAAACAAAGUGCUAUCAGGCAUCGGUCUUUACGACGACAAGGUACCCGACUCCGUAUCCGGCACCAGCGGCGACCCGAAUCGAGAUUCAAUGGGCAAAGGGCUCAAGCUUGAAGAGACAUGGCAGCCACCCAAAGAUGAGGACGAAAACGAUGACGACGACGACGACGACGAGGGGAGCUGCUCGACCGACGAAGCAGAAGAGAUGGAAGAGGAUCUUCCGAUCAUGACCUCGGCACCACAACAUGCGCAGACGGCUUUCUACCCUCCGUAUGGGGAUCUGUCGAAUCAAUCCUUCUUCUUCUCCAAUGACGACGAUGCGUACACUGGUGAUGACCAGUACACCAACUACCUCGCCUUCGGCCAAGCCCAGUCGAAGCCACAGGAUCCCGUGACGGGCAACUUUUUAUGGUGUUGA